AUCUCUUACUUCCAUCGGAUAAAUGUGAUAGUUAUGGACUAUGCGGCCCAUAUGGAAGUUGUAAUACUCUCACGUUUCUUACUUGUGGAUGCUUGAAAGGUUUUCAACUAAGAGACCCACAAGCAAUGAGUACUGAUAAUUGGAGAAGUGGUUGUAGACGAACUAGAUCUUUGGAUUGUGCGCCAGAAGAGGGAUUUCUAAAGGUCUCAAGCAUUAAAUUGCCAGACACUCAGAAUGCUGUGUUUAAUGCCAACCUGAGCCUUCAGCAAUGUGAGGUGGCUUGCAAGAAUAACUGCUCAUGCACUGCCUACACAAAUCCAAACAUCACUCCAGGUGGAGUUGGAUGCUUGCUAUGGUUUGGUGAUCUAAUUGAUAUCCGAGUGUACCAAGUAAAUGGCCAAGAUCUUUAUGUUAGACUCGCAGCCUCCGAAUUACUAGUAAAGGUCCUUGAAAGAGAUCAAAACAGUAGCAAGAAGGAAAGUAUAGAGUUGCCAGUCUUUAGUUUAUCAGCAAUUUCUAGGGCAACCAAUAAGUUCUCUACCGACAACAAGCUUGGAGAAGGUGGGUUUGGUCCAGUGUACAAGGGUGUUUUAGAAGAAGGACAAGAGAUUGCUGUAAAGCGGCUUUCAAAGUCAUCUAAACAAGGGAUUGAUGAAUUCAAGAAUGAAGUUUUAUGCAUUGCUAAACUUCAGCAUAGGAAUCUGGUGAAGCUCUUGGGAUACUGCAUUCAAGGGGAGGAGACAAUGCUGGUUUAUGAAUACAUGCCCAACAAAAGUCUGGACUGGUUUAUAUUUGGUGAUUUAAGGAAGUCAUUACUUAACUGGCCACAACGUUUUAACAUUAUCCAUGGAAUUGCUCGAGGUCUUCUUUAUCUUCAUCAAGAUUCCCGACUUAGAGUUGUACAUAGAGAUUUGAAAGCAGGUAACAUUUUGCUCGAUCGUGACAUGAAUCCAAAAAUAUCGGAUUUUGGUUUGGCUAGAAUGUUUGAUGGACAUGAGAGUGAAGCAAAUACAAAGAAAGUGGUGGGAACUUUGGGCUACAUUUCUCCAGAGUAUGCAGCAAAUGGUCUGUUCUCAGUAAAGUCAGAUAUUUUUAGCUAUGGGGUUUUGGUAUUGGAGAUAGUGAGUGGAAAGAAAAAUAGAGGUUUUGUUCAUGAAUUUGACCAUGAUAUUAACCUUCUUGGACAUGCUUGGAAACUUUACGAAGAAGGCAAUUCUCUUGAUUUAAUUGACAGAUCAUUAGGUGAGUCGUGGUCUAUUAAUGAAGUGUUGCGAUCAAUACACAUAGGCUUAUUAUGUGUACAACAUCGAGCAGACGAUAGACCUACCACAGCGGUUGUGGUUUCCAUGUUGGCUAGUGAAGGGUCGCUACCUUCUCCGAAGAAACCCGCUUUCUUCAUUCACGGAAGUGAAAGCAACUCCGUUUCAAUUCGCCCAUCAUCAGUUAAUGGAGUGACACUAAGUCAAAUAGAUGGCAGAUAAUGAGGCAAAUGGAAGAUGUAACUUUAUGUCCAAAAUGCCAUCUGUAAUUUAUUCUUAGGGCAGCCUCAAUAGUUGUGUCGGGCUUGCA